AAUGGCAUAGAUAGAGAUUGGCGGCUAAAGGUGAUGGAAGGUAUACACAACCAUGAACCAGCUAGGUCACUACUUGGGCACAAUUUUGUUGGUCGUCUAAAACCCGGAGAGAAGGAGCAAGUGGGAAAAAUGACAAGGAGUUGGGUUCCACCGAGAAAGAUGUUGUUGACUUUGAAGGAAAACAAUCCUUCAAACUUGACUACCAUAUCUCAGAUUUAUGGUGUUUGCAAGAGGUUAAGAAAAUCCCUCCGCGGGGGAUUGACAGAAAUGCAACACUUGUUGAAGAAGUUGGACGGUGACAAGUAUGUCCACUUUGAAAGACAUGAGCCUGGAUCGGAAGUCAUUAGGGAUGUAUUUUGGGCUCAUCCAAAUGCUAUCAAACUGUUCAACACAUUUCCAUAUGUAGUGAUUAUGGAUUGCACAUACAAGACAAACAAAUAUGCAAUUCCCUUGCUUGAGAUUGUUGGACUGACUUCCACAGAUAAGACAUACUCCAUAGCCUUUUGCUACAUUGUUAAUGAGGGCACAGAUGACUACGUUUGGGCACUGGAGUGUAUGAAGUCUCUAUUAGCUGAUCAAGCCAUGUUGCCUAAGGUGAUUGUUACUGACAGGGAUCUUGCCUUAUUGAGUGCUGCUAAGCAAAGCCUUCCUAACACUACACAUUUAUUAUGCUUGUGGCACAUCAACAAGUGUGUUUUGGCAAAGUGCAAACUCUAUGUUGGCACAGAUGAUUUUGCUGAGUUGGUUAUGAUGAAGUGGGCAGAGGUGGUGGAUGCUGCAACAGUUGAAGAAUUUGAAGUGAAAUGGAUGCAAUUGUUUAAUAUGUGCAAGGCAAAAUACAGCAACUUUACCUCCUAUUGUUCUACUACAUGGUUGGUUCACAAGGAGAAAUUCGCCAAGGCAUGGACAAAUCAUGUGAUGCACUUUGGAACAACAACAAGUAACAGGGCUGAGGGUGCACAUGCCAGUUUGAAGAAGAUGUUACGGGAUUGCAAGGGUGACCUGGCCACUUCAUGGGAUGCGUCGCAUAGUUUGACAUGUAAUCGACAUACUGAAAUAUUAGCAUCGUUUGAGCGCAGUAUUCACAGAAUUGAUCACAUUUUCAUGUUCCCAUUUUACACAAAUAUUAGAGGAUUUGUGUCAAACAAAUGCCUGCAGCUCAUCGACGAUGAACAUAUAAGAAUGAAGUCCUACGGCGGAUGCGAUUGCUUGUUGAGAGAGACUCAUGGACUACCUUGCGGUUGUGAACUUGCAGGUUAUGAAAGAAUUCCAUAUGAGUCAAUUCAUCCAUUCUGGAAGAGACUGAGUUGGGAGCAUGUACCUGAACCUGUUGCAGAUACUACCAGCAACCAUAUUUGCGGCAUGAACCAUGGAGAUAUGCAACCAGAAGUUGAGGCAUUGACACAUUAUUUCAGUUCUUUGGAUACUGGAGGGCAGAGUAUGGUAAGGAGGAAGCUUCAAGCGAUCUAUUGUCCUGAAAGCAGUUCACUUUGUACUCCUGCGGUUAAGAUAAGGUCCAAGCGCACUCUUAAGGCGAAUGAGAAAAUACCACCUAAGAAUAAAGCAAUAGGAUCCUUGACUCGUGAUCUUUCAGGUUUUGAACAUGUUGAUAGGGAGAUCAGAGAGGCAAAGAAGGUUUCACAACCACCAAAGAAGAAGAAGCGUGUGAAGAAGUCUGAUACAAGCUAUUUCAUGGGUCAUUUUCCAGCCUUUUUCCACCCAUAUAUACAAACAGUUCAGAAUGUUGAGGAUGAUGGUAACUGUGGCUAUAGAGCCGUUGCUGCAUUACUCGGACUACCAUCAUGUGAGGAAAGUAUUUUUUGA